AUGCAGACCCUGCGGCGGGAGGCUGCCCGGCCCUACGUCCCCCGGGGGACCCUUGAAGCAGAUUUCCCAGCACCUCUGUACAGCGAUGACUACCUGUCUGUGGAGGGGCCCCGCUGGACACCGGCCGUCAGGCAGGCAGUGCGCUGGAAGUACGCCCCCAUGGGGCACGAUGCAGCCAGUCAGCUGUGGUACACCGGCCUGACCAACUCCGAGUCCCGGGAAGCCCAGUGCACGCUCCCGCGGGCCCUGGACAGCCCGUACCGCCAGGCCUACGCGCAAUGGCAUGGAUGUCACGGCCACCGGGAGCAAAGCAUGCCCUUGGCCUACACCCAGCGCCUCCGGGAGACCGCCUGGUUCGACCCUGCCCUCCCUGCCCAGUACAGGGCCCCCAGGACGCAGUGGACAGACAGACCCAUCCGGGGCAAGGAAUACGUGGUCAACAGGCCCCGGCACCGGGCGGAGUCACCGCGGCAGGGCUCCGACUACGUGCCGUUCCUGUCGGUUCCCCAGCGCCCCCGCUACACGGCGCAGAACUAUAGGCAAUGGGACCUGGAGCCUUACUGUCCCUCCACCAACCAGCGGCCCCCAUCCAUCUACACGCCCAUCCACUGA